UUUUAGCUUUUUUAAGCAAACACCACAACCCCCUUUUUUAAAUGUUUGCAAACGGUCGUUAGACAUAAUCAAAACGUACAGGAACAUGCUUCGUCUCCGGUAGGCCUACUGGAGUACAUACACAUUAUCCGCUACUAGUAUUUCAUAUAUUCACAUAUAGAUAUAGACAUAAACCAUCCCUUGACCGCCUCCAUGGCUUCAGAGUCGUGCUCCUUGAUGUGGUUCCGGAAAGGCCUGCGUAUUCACGACAACCCGGCUCUCCUCCACGCAGCCGAAGGCGCGACCAAAUGCUUCCCGGUAUUUGUGAUUGACCCGCAUUAUAUGGAGCCAGACCCGACCGCUUUCUCGUACGGGUCCUCUAGGGCCGGGUUGAAUAGGAUCCGUUUCUUGUUAGAGAGCCUCACUGAUCUUGACUUGAGCCUUAAGAAGCUAGGAUCGCGUCUGUUAAUCCUCAGAGGAGAGCCCAGCGAAGUUUUGAUUCGCUGUUUGAGGGAGUGGAAAAUAAACAAGCUAUGCUUUGAGUAUGACAUAGAACCUUAUUACCGAGCAUUAGAUGAUAAAGUACAGAACAGCAUCUAUGCAGCUGGAAUAGAAAUUUUCACUCCUGUGAGUCAUACAUUAUUUAACCCUGCAGACAUUUUGCGUAAGAAUGGGGGAAGGCCACCUCUUAGUUACCAAUCCUUUCUUAAACUGUCGGGAAUGCCUUCAUGGGAAUCGACCCCUCUGUCAACAUUAUCAGUGUCCUCGCUUCCUCCGAUUGGGAACUUGGGGAACCUUGAAGUUUCAUCUGUACCAACGCUCGAAGAACUAGGCUAUAUUGACAGCAGCGAGGAUGAGAAGACACCAUUUAAAGGCGGUGAAUCAGAAGCAUUAAGGAGGUUGAGAGAGUCAAUUGCUAACAAGGUAUAUCUUAUGAGUUUACGAUACAUAUUAUCAUCUUCCAUUAGAAUGUCCC